UUCGACCACUUCCAGAUCCUCCGAGCGAUCGGGAAGGGCAGUUUCGGAAAGGUGUGCAUCGUGCAGAAGAAGGACACGAAGAAGAUGUACGCCAUGAAGUACAUGAACAAGCUGAAGUGUGUGGAACGAAACGAAGUGAGGAACGUUUUCAAAGAGCUGCAGAUCAUGCAGAACCUGGAACAUCCGUUCUUAGUCAAUUUCUGGUACUCGUUUCAGGACGAGGAGGACAUGUUCAUGGUGGUGGACCUGCUCCUGGGAGGAGAUCUGCGCUACCACCUGCAGCAGAACGUCCACUUCUCGGAGAGCACCGUCAAACUGUACGUGUGUGAGCUCGCCCUGGCGCUGAACUACCUGCGCAACAGACGCAUCAUCCACAGGGACAUCAAACCUGAUAACAUCCUACUGGACGAACAUGGUCAUGUUCACCUUACGGACUUUAACAUCGCUGCUGUCGUAAAAGACGAUCUGAAGGCCACAUCCAUCGCUGGGACCAAACCAUACAUGGCUCCAGAACUUUUCCAGACAUUCGAGGGAACUCAUCCCGGGUACUCGUUUGCGGUGGACUGGUGGUCACUAGGAAUAACCGCCUACGAGCUGCUACGAGGACAGAGACCGUAUAUAAUGCGCUCCACCACGCCCACCUCCGAGAUCCUGCAGAGCUUUCAUAAAGUUCAUCCCUGUUACCCCGCCGCCUGGUCGCUGGAGAUCAAGUCACUGCUGAGGAAGCUGCUGUGUGUCGAUGCUCAGAAGCGUCUCUGUGCUCUGGUGGAUCUGAAGGACUCCGAGUGUCUCACUGAUGUCGACUGGGACGCUGUGCUCAGCAAACAGGUCCCGCCGGGCUUCGUCCCUAAUAGGCGCAGGCUGAACUGUGACCCCACGUUUGAGCUGGAGGAGAUGAUCCUGGAAUCCAAACCUCUGCACAAGAAGAAGAAGAGAUUAGCGAGGAAGACGAGGGAGAGCGGAUCUGACGGAUCCCCACAGAACGGGCAGCUUCAGCAGAGACUGGACUGUGUGCAGCGCGACUUCAUCGUCUUCAACAGAGAAAAGUCGUGGAAGGUUAAAGCAGACUCUGAAGUGAGCACCAGGAACCUGAGAGAGGAGAACCGAGCUCUGGAGGACGGACAGAACAACAACCUCACCAGCGCAGCAGGUUUAUAGAGCGGUCAGGGUUCAACUCCACGAAAAAAAACCUUCUGAGGAAGUUUAUCAGCGAGGCUCAUCGACAGCGCACACGGCGUGCAGGCGAUUAGAACCAGGCGAGCUUCCUCCCGUCAGCACCGAGCCACAGGACAGGACGCUGCUCGGGUUCUUACAGACAAGCCAUAAAGAUCCUUCAUGUGUGGAAGGUUCUUCAAAGCAUGAUCGUCAGAACAUCAACCAGAACAUGACAUUUAUCAAAUCAACCACACCUCAUUUUAUUGUUCCUGUUCCAUCAACAACAGCCGUGUUUUCCUGAUGAGAAACCAGAACAGUUCUGACUGGUUAAAGUGCUGAUGAGGGGUGAGAUUAGCAUCUCUGGAUGCUUUGGAUUUCUGGGUAGAACUUUUACUUGAAUGACGGACUGUUUGCACCUUAAAUAAUCUCAGUUUUAAAGGAUUCUGUUUGAAAAAGAAUCUUCCGAUGGAAAAAUCAAUAAAAAACAA